GCCCCCUUCCCUACCUCCCGGUAGCCAGCGGCGGCUGCGUCUCAGGAGACGAUGGAGGGACCCCAGGCAGUGGCCGCACCUCAGGGACAAGAGGCGUCCUGCUCCUCUUGGGGAGCCGGCAGUGGGAAUACAAAUUUGCCCAUCAUGCCAACAGAAUCUGUGGAGAUUGAUGAUGCAUUAUACAGUCGACAGAGGUACGUUCUUGGAGAUACAGCAAUGCAGAAGAUGGCCAAGUCCCACGUUUUCUUAAGUGGUAUGGGUGGUCUUGGUUUGGAAAUUGCAAAGAAUCUUGUUCUUGCAGGGAUUAAGGCACUUACUAUUCAUGAUACAGAAAAAUGCCAAGCAUGGGACCUAGGAACCAACUUCUUUCUCUGUGAAGACGAUAUUGUUAAUAUGAGAAACAGGGCCGAAGCUGUACUUCAACAUGUUGCAGAAUUAAAUCCAUACGUUCAUGUCACAUCAUCUUCUAUUCCUUUAAAUGAAACCACAGAUCUAUCCUUCUUAGGUAAAUACCAGUGUGUAGUUUUGACUGAGAUCAAACUUCCAUUGCAGAAGAAGAUUAAUGACUUUUGCCGUUCUCGGUGCCCUCCAAUUAAGUUCAUCAGUGCAGAUAUACGUGGAAUUUGGUCACGGUUGUUUUGUGAUUUCGGUGAUGAAUUUGAAGUUUUAGAUACAACAGGAGAAGAACCGAAAGAAAUUUUUAUUUCAGAUAUAACGCAAGCUAAUCCUGGCGUUGUUACUUGCCUUGAAAAUCAUCCGCACAAACUUGAAACAGGACAGUUCCUAACAUUUCGAGAAAUUAAUGGAAUGACAGGCUUAAAUGGAUCUACACGACAAAUAACUGUGUUAUCACCAUUUUCUUUUAGCAUUGGUGAUACUACAAAACUGGAACCUUAUUUACACGGAGGCAUAGCUGUUCAAGUUAAGACUCCUAAAACAUUUUGCUUUGAACCAUUAGAGAGGCAGAUAAAACAUCCAAAGUACCUUAUUGUGGAUUUCAGCAAACCUGAGGCAUCUUUAGAGAUUCACUCAGCCAUGCUUGCCUUGGACCAGUUUCAGGAGAACUAUAAUCGCAAGCCAAAUAUUGGAUGCCAACAAGAUUCAGAAGAGUUGUUGAAACUAGCAACAUCUAUAAGUGAAACCUUGGAAGAGAAGCCGGAAGUAAAUACUGACAUUGUGCGUUGGCUCUCUUGGACUGCCCGAGGCUUUUUACCCCCACUUGCUGCAGCAGUAGGAGGUGUUGCCAGCCAAGAAGUAUUGAAAGCUGUGACAGGAAAGUUUUCUCCUUUGUGCCAAUGGUUAUAUAUUGAAGCAGCAGAUAUUGUCGAAUCCCUAGGCAAACCUGAGCGUGAAGAAUUUCUCCCACGAGGAGAUAGAUACGAUGCAUUACGAGCCUGCAUUGGAGACACUUUGUGUCGGAAGCUACAGAAUUUGAAUAUCUUUUUAGUAGGAUGUGGAGCCAUAGGCUGUGAAAUGUUAAAAAAUUUUGCAUUGCUUGGUGUUGGCACAGGCAAAGAGAAGGGAAUGGUUACAGUAACAGAUCCUGACUUGAUAGAAAAAUCCAACUUGAAUAGACAGUUCCUGUUUCGUCCUCAUCACAUACAGAAACCUAAAAGCUAUACUGCUGCUGAUACAACCCUGAAAAUAAAUCCUCAGUUAAAAAUAGAUGCACACUUGAACAAAGUAUGUCCAGCCACUGAGGCGAUUUACAAUGAUGAGUUCUAUACUAAGCAAGAUAUAAUUAUUACAGCAUUAGAUAAUGUGGAAGCCAGGAGAUAUGUAGACAGCCGUUGCUUAGCAAAUCUACGGCCCCUCUUAGAUUCUGGAACAAUGGGCACUAAGGGACACACUGAAGUUAUUGUACCUCAUUUAACUGAAUCCUAUAAUAGUCAUCGGGAUCCCUCAGAAGAGGAAAUACCAUUUUGUACCCUAAAAUCCUUUCCUGCUGCUAUCGAACACACUAUACAGUGGGCAAGAGAUAAGUUUGAAAGUUCCUUUUCCUACAAGCCUUCAUUAUUUAACAAAUUUUGGCAAACCUAUCAAUCUGCAGAAGAAGUCUUACAGAAGAUACAAUCUGGACACAGUUUAGAAGGCUGUUUUCAAGUUAUUAAGUUACUCAGCAGAAGACCUCGAAAUUGGUCCCAGUGUGUAGAAUUAGCAAGAUUAAAGUUUGAAAAAUAUUUUAACCACAAGGCUCUUCAGCUUCUUCAUUGUUUCCCUCUGGACACACGACUGAAAGAUGGCAGUUUGUUUUGGCAAUCACCAAAGAGGCCCCCGUCUCCAUUAAAAUUUGAUCUAAAUGAAUCUUUGCACUUCAGUUUCCUUCUGAAUGCUGCAAAAUUAUAUGCUACAGCCUAUUGCAUUCCAUUUACAGAAGAGGACUUAUCAGCAGAUGCCUUGUUGAAUAUUCUUUCUGAAGUAAAAAUUCAGGAAUUCAAACCUUCCAACAAGGUUGUUCAAACAGAUGAAACUGCAAGGAAACCAGACCAUGUUCCUAUUAGCAGUGAAGAUGAGAGGAAUGCUGUUUUCCAACUAGAAAAGGCUAUUUCAUCUAAUGAAGCUACCGCAAAUGACCUUCAGAUGGCAGUGCUUUCAUUUGAAAAAGAUGAUGAUCGUAAUGGACACAUAGAUUUCAUCACAGCUGCAUCAAAUCUUCGUGCCAAAAUGUAUAGCAUUGAACCAGCUGACCGUUUCAAAACAAAGCGCAUAGCAGGUAGAAUUAUACCUGCUAUAGCAACAUCCACUGCUGCAGUUUCUGGCUUGGUUGCACUGGAAAUGAUCAAAGUAGCUGGUGACUACCCUUUUGAAGCUUACAAAAAUUGUUUCCUUAACUUAGCCAUUCCAAUUAUAGUGUUUACAGAGACAUCUGAAGUAAGAAAAACUGAAAUCAGAAAUGGAAUAUCAUUUACAAUUUGGGACAGAUGGACUAUACAUGGCAAAGAAGAUUUCACCCUCUUGGAUUUCAUAAACGCAGUCAAAGAGAAGUACGGAAUUGAGCCAACGAUGGUGGUACAGGGAGUCAAAAUGCUCUAUGUUCCUGUAAUGCCUGGCCAUGCAAAAAGAUUGAAGUUAACAAUGCAUAAACUUGUGAAACCUUCUACUGAAAAGAAAUACGUGGAUCUUACUGUGUCAUUUGCUCCAGAUACUGAUGGAGAUGAAGAUUUACCUGGACCUCCAGUAAGAUACUACUUUAGUCAUGACACUGACUGACAGAACUUGUCUUAAAUUUACUCUAGGACUACUUGAUUUUGGAAAGGAAUGCAUUCAAUUCAGGAGCUAAAAAGAUCAGCUCGUAAUGCUAUGGAUUUCUGUUUGAUGAAGCCUUAAUUUACAUCAGUGGAAAACUACACUGAAGAUUUAUAAAGCAUUUUGAAGCAUAGUAUAUACUUGUGUAGUGCUUCAUGUGUGGAUGUGAUGCGAUCACAAGCAACUUUGAACUGGAAUGCCAUUUUUUAAUGCUUACAAAAAAUUUGUGUAUUAACCUCUCUGGAUGAAAAGAAGGAAAAAUGCAUAUCCAAGGCCAGAAGAGAUAAAAAAAUCAAGAAGUUGAAAGUGACAAGUGCAGCUAUCCAAAAAGUUUAAUCCUAUUUUACGAAUUUCUUUUUGUUUAGUAUUUGAGGCCCAUUUUUCUAUACAAAUAGCAUUUGGCUUUAUGCACCUCUCAUGACUAGAUUUUGGAUUUAACACCAGUAGGAAGAGGAAGGAUGAUAACAGUGGUUGAAGAAAAGACAUUUAAAAUUGUACAGUUUACUGUCCUAUUACCUCUGCUAGUUUAACCAGAGUUUGUUUUAUCACUGUCCCCUCAAAAGCAGGAUCUUUGUUAAUAGCAUCAGUGUUGUGAGUUAUGAGCGUGUCCAGUGAUAGGUGUUAAACUGGAUAAAUGUUAACAAUAUUAUAUGGACUCUGAUGUCCUUCUUAUAGAAUCCGUGAAUGUGAACAGAUAAAUAUGGCUAGUUAUUUGAUUCUUCAGUAUGCCUUCUAAUGUGGCUAUUUUAUUUAUUUGAAACUCUAAACCUGAUUGUCAGAGUAUAUAAGACUAAAAGUUUUUGUAGAGAGAGUGUCCUUAGAAAUAGAUGAAAAGUAGAAAUUAAAAAAUUAUCACUA